AUCUUGGAGAGAAGAGGAAUCAACAGAAGAGUAAACGAAAAGGAUGAAUCUUUACGCGCACGAUCUCUCAAUCCUCGAUUUUAACUAUAAUGUCUCUGGUCCCUACGGCGAGCCAGUUUCUCACCAGUUCCUCUCGCCUGGCCCUUUCUUCCACGGCGAGGACGACGAUUAUCCCCGCAAUAUUAGCUACAGUCUCGACGGAGCUUAUGGUGGGGAAUCUGUUACUGAUCCGAGGUCAUCUCCGGAGCAUCGCCACGACGGGAAGUCUCCGUUACCUCUUGGGAUGGAUUGGAGUGCUCCUCCUCGUCAUUGGGAAGGACGGAGCACUGUUUGGCCGCAUGAUCCUCGAACUGGUUGGAGUUAUUGUGUUACUGUACCCUCUUGGGUUGACCAUCCCAAAUCAACUGUUUCAGAACCUGCCGUGUUUUAUAGAGUGCAAGUGGCGAUACAAUCUCCCGAGGGAAUCACCUCCGCUAGGCUAGUACUUAGAAGAUUCAAUGAUUUCCUGGAGUUAUAUUCGUCAAUUAAAAAGGAGUUUGUAAAGAAAAGGUUACCGCAGGCACCACCAAAGCAGAGACUGAGGAUGAAAAACCAGACACUUUUGGAAGAGAGGAGGUGCUCUCUUGAAGAUUGGAUGAAUAGACUUUUGUCAGAUUUAGAUAUAUCCAGAAGCGCUCUGAUCGCAACAUUUCUUGAGCUAGAAGCUGCUGUCAGGUCUUAUUUCAGUGAUGAACAUCAAGAAACUGAAGAUAACUCUGUAGAUAGUCCGUUACUUCUACCUAACACCAGUUCUGAUGUUCCUGGUAGUUCAUCAGUUACCAUGGAUCAUGUCAAUGACUCCGCUGAUGAGACAUCUGAUACCUCAGCAAUGAAGCAUGACGAAGCUAGUAUAAAAAAUAUGGUCUCAAGGAAUUCAACUUCUGAAGAUAAUGUGACUGAUUGGCAUGAAUUAAUCACAGAAUAUGGACUUCUUGAUAAGAGUCCUUUGCAGAAAAAAAUAGAAUGUCUUUCCAGAACUGAUGAAACUGCAGACACUGAUACCAUAAUUGGUGAGGCCAUUUCUAGUGGAGUUGGAUUUCAGAGAUUGGAUGGACGUGAUAGAAAGUUUCAGAAAAAGACAAUUGAAAGUGAUAUAACUCAAGUAAGGGACUCUGAGGCGUCAAUUCCUGGGGAACCUAAACAAGGCUCUAUGGACAUUCAUGAUGAACCUCAUGGAAAUAGUUAUGGUGAAAAUACUGAGACUGAGAAGGAUGUGGCAAUUGUAUUUCAGUCUGAGGAGAGAAAUAAGUUAAAGAGAGUAGUUGAUAUGUUGCAGCAGAGACUGGAAACAGCAAAAGCUGAUACGGAAGAUCUUAUCUCAAGGCUUAAUCAGGAGUUAGCUGUUCGACAAUUUUUGUCAACAAAGGUAAAAGACUUGGAGGUUGAACUUGAAACAACUCGAGAGAGCUGCAAGCAAGGCAUGGAGCAAACAGUUCUGAACGAAAAGGAAAGAUUUACUCAAAUUCAGUGGGAUAUGGAGGAACUUCGGAAGCAAUGCAUGGAGAUGGAAUCGUUGUUAAACUCUAUAACGGACGAGAAAGCACAUAUUGAAAGUACAAAUCAGUCACUCGUUCAAGAAAAUCAAAUGUUGCUGCAGCAGAUCGAUGAUCUAAGAGACAAGUUUGAGAACUUGCAUAAAGAACAUGAAGAGCUGGAAAUAAAAUCGAAAGCAGAAAUGAAGGUCCUUGUCAAAGAGGUCAAGUCUCUUCGAACCAUUCAAUCAGAAUUGAAACAAGAGCUUAGCCGCACGAUGAAAGAAAAACUGGAGAUGGAGAGGAUUGUUCAGCGGGAGAAGGAUAGAGAAGAAACUGCAAAAACAGCAAACAAGAAGUUGCUGCAUGAGUGUGAUGUUCUACAGAAUCGGCUUCAAGAGUGCAAUAUCAAGUUCCACAUAGAAGAGGAGAGUAAAUUAAUAAUGGACUCAUCAUCUGCAUUAGAAGCCUUGGAUCUACUGACAACAUCUGAUAACCGAAUAGGUCUUCUAAUUGCUGAGACGCAGCUUCUCUCAGAAGAAGUGGAAAAGCUGAAGAUACCAAGAUCGGAAGAAGGUAGUGGAACAGAUGAUGUUGUAAGGAAGAUGCUAACAGAGGUUCUGAUUGAUAAUGCCAGAUUAAGGAAGCAGAUUAACUCUGUUAUUCGUUGCUCUUUGUCCGGACAUGGAAUAUCAGUUAGAGAAGCCAAAUCAGAAGAAGAAGACGAAGAAAAGAAAGAAGGAAGUGUUGAUCUAGCAAGAACUGUUCUGAGGAAGAUCCUUGAGAAAUGAAUUUUAUCAGGUUUUUCGUAAAAACUUUGAAUUUUAUAAAUGGCUGUUUUUAUCUUGUAUUACGAAUUCCUCUUGUAAUAAACUUG